GGGGUGUCGAAGCGAGGCCGGCGAGGGGGCCGGGUGGCUGGGCGAGGCCGGCGCGGCGCUGGGGCAGCGGCAGGGGGAGCGGGGCCAUGGCCGGCGGGUGAGUCAGCGGCGCGGCCCCACCUGCCCUACUUAACCGCCGCUGGGCGCCCGGCCCCGCACUCGGGGCUGUGCUGCCGCCGCGGCCGGAGCUGCGCCUUCCUCCUCCUCCUGCUCCCGGGGCGCUGGGCGGGGACCGCCGCUGCAUGAACGUUCGUCUCGGGAGCCGCAGAAGCACCCGCAGCCCUCAAGAUGCCGAAGCCGAUCAAUGUUCGAGUUGUUACUAUGGAUGCAGAGCUGGAGUUUGCCAUCCAGCCAAACACUACAGGCAAACAGCUGUUUGACCAGGUGGUUAAAACCAUAGGUUUGCGAGAAGUGUGGUACUUUGGUCUUCAGUAUGUGGACAACAAAGGAUUCCAGACUUGGCUGAAGCUUGAUAAAAAGGUUUCUGCUCAAGAAAUCAGAAAAGAGAAUCCCCUCCAGUUCAAAUUCCGUGCCAAGUUCUUCCCAGAGGAUGUGGCUGAAGAGCUGAUUCAGGACAUCACACAGAAGCUCUUCUUCCUGCAAGUAAAGGAAGGGAUCCUCAGUGAUGAGAUCUACUGUCCUCCUGAAACAGCUGUACUUCUUGGCUCCUAUGCUGUGCAGGCCAAAUUUGGAGAUUACAACAAAGAUGUGCACAAACCUGGAUACCUCAAUUCAGAGCGUCUGAUCCCCCAAAGGGUGAUGGACCAGCAUAAACUCUCCAGAGAGCAGUGGGAAGAACGGAUCCAGGUGUGGCACGCAGAACACGGCGGCAUGCUCAAGGAGAAUGCCAUGUUGGAAUACCUGAAGAUUGCUCAAGACUUGGAAAUGUAUGGAAUCAACUACUUUGAGAUCAAGAAUAAGAAAGGAACUGACCUUUGGCUGGGGGUUGAUGCUUUGGGGCUCAACAUCUAUGAAAAGGAUGAUAAGCUGACUCCAAAGAUUGGGUUCCCUUGGAGUGAAAUCAGGAACAUCUCCUUCAAUGACAAGAAGUUUGUUAUAAAGCCUAUUGACAAGAAGGCACCAGACUUUGUGUUUUAUGCCCCUCGUCUGAGAAUUAACAAGCGGAUCCUGCAGCUCUGUAUGGGCAACCACGAGCUGUACAUGCGGCGCAGGAAGCCUGACACCAUUGAGGUGCAACAGAUGAAAGCCCAGGCCCGGGAGGAGAAGCACCAGAAGCAACUGGAAAGGCAACAACUGGAAAAUGAAAAGAAGAAAAGGGAGACAAUUGAGAGGGAGAAAGAGCAAAUGUUGAGGGAGAAGGAGGAGCUGCUGGUGAGGCUACAAGAAUAUGAGCUGAAGACUCAGAAAGCAGAGAAAGAGCUCUCUGAUCAGAUCCAAAGAGCCAUUCGGCUGGAGGAGGAAAGGAGACGAGCCCAGGAGGAGGCAGAACGCUUGGAAGCUGAUCGUUUAGCUGCUCUGCAGGCCAAGGAAGAGCUGGAGAGACAAACUAAGGACCAGAUAAAGAGCCAGGAACAGCUGGCUACAGAGCUUGCAGAGUAUACAGCCAAGAUUGCACUUCUUGAAGAAGCCAGGAGGCGUAAAGAGAGUGAGGUUGAAGAGUGGCAAAUCAGAGCCAAGGAAGCCCAGGAGGAUCUGGUAAAGACAAAGGAGGAGCUGCACCUGGUCAUGACUGCUCCACCUCCACCCCCACCACCUGUCUAUGAGCCAGUGAACUAUCAUGUCCAUGAUAACUUGCAAGAUGAAGGGUCUGAGUACUCUGCCUACAGUGCAGAAUUCUCCAGUGAGGGGAUCAGGAACGACCGCAAUGAGGAGAAGCGCGUUACUGAAGCAGAGAAGAAUGAACGUGUACAGAGGCAACUGAGGGCACUGACAGAUGAGCUGGCCCAGGCUAGAGAUGAAAAUAAGAGGACCCAAAAUGAUAUUAUCCACUCGGAGAACAUGCGGCAGGGGCGUGACAAGUACAAGACGCUGCGGCAGAUCCGGCAGGGCAACACGAAGCAGAGAAUCGAUGAGUUUGAAGCCAUGUAAUGAUGUGUAUAACAAGAAGGGCAGGACUGUGGGAAGGCAGAUCUUAAUGCUGUGUUCUUGUUUUGGGGUUGUUUUGUUGUCGUUAUUGUUGUGGUUGUUUUUUUUCCCCUGAGGAGGGAGUCACUGUAUGACAUCUAACAAAUGUUCUCUAAACACUGAGGUGUUUGAUUCUCCCUUUGAUUCCAUAUCUUCUGUUAAAUUGGGUAUAGUUAACAACUCAUGGUACCACUGAUCCUGGUAACUUGCUCAUGCCUUUGCUUAGUGCCAAAAGGCCGAAUGUCACAUCUCUCUUUAAGCAAGAAAAACUUUAACAGGGCCAUGUUUCUAGUUGAAGAUACAUGUCCUGUGCAGGUGCUGGAUUCAGCUUGGUCUAAAAAUAAGCAACUGUGGGUGACUUUUGUGCCAUAUGCCUUUGUGUUAUUAGUUACAGUGUACAGUCUAACAGUUGAGAAGACAGGUUGUAGGACAUUCUUUUUGUCUUGGUCCUGAUGACCCCUGACACCCCCACCCCCUGCACACAAAAGAACUGACACCACCCGACAACUAUUUUGUGUAGAAAUGAGGCUUUUUCUGGUUGCUGUUUUGAACUGGAGAAAUUCUGCAGUGAUGGCACAGAAGUGUGGCAUAGGGACACUGAUACCCUCCUCACAUAACAACUAGGCAAAUACUCAGUUGGAAUCUAAUACACUAUUGUGUUUGCAUUCCAGCUUCAUUACUGAUCAGUUAUAGUGUAGUAUUUAUAUAUAUAUAUAUAUAAAAAAAAUAUGCAAUACUAGUUUAAAGGGAAAUAGUUUUGCUCUGUAUAUUUUGUUACUUUUCAGAUUUAAUAAGACUUGCAUCUGUAAAAAUGCCUAAACAACACUGUAGUCUGAUACAGUGCAGCUGAUUAUUUGCUAUAAAGCAUUAUUUGUAAAGAUCAUUUUUUUUACUUAAUGGAAAUUGUUAUAUGUACACAUGAUCCAAUAUAUACAAUUUUACUGCACCUAUUUUUCUAACAAAUUUUCUAAUUUUUUUAAAUGUUUGAUUUAAAGUUUCAGACUCCAAAGAUGAAGGGACUGCUUGUUUAUAUCACAGUUGUAUUCUCUCUAGUAGAGAGCAUUUCUGUGACCAUUCCUUCCCCAUUAAUCUCCCCCUUUCCUUGAAAAUCUGUUAGAAAGUGAGAUACAGUAUGUUGUCAGCUCUUCUCUUUCCUUUAAGAUACCUGUGCUGCUUUAUACUUGAGUUGAAUCUUGUGUGGUUUUUUAUUUGCAGCUGCAAACCAUCUAAAUAAAAGAUCUGCAAAGUAACAAA